AUCAGCAGACCGUGUAGAAGAGGAUUGAAUUCCAGGUUGACAGGAGGAUUAUUGCAGUCAAUUGGAAGCCAUCCUCUCUCCCAGACCAGAAAGAUGGGUAAAAAGAGCAGAGUGAAGACCCAGAAAUCGGGGACCGGGGCCACAGCUGCGGUUUCUCCGAAAGAGAUGAUGAAUUUAAUCUCUGAACUGCUACAGAAGUGUAGCAGCGCUGCUCCCUCUCCUGGGAAAGAGUGGGAGGAAUAUGUUCAGAUCCGAGCUCUGGUGGAGAAGAUCCGUAAGAAACAGAAAGGGAUGUCAGUAUCAUUUGAGGGAACCAGGGAGGAAUUUUUCUCAGAGCUGAUGGCCUGGGCCGCAGAAUGUGGGGCUUCUUGUGACGGUUUUGAGAUCUCCAACUUUGCAGAUGAAGGACAUGGCCUGAAAGCCACCAGAGAUAUCAAGGCAGAGGAGCUGUUCCUGUGGAUCCCUAGAAAAAUGCUGAUGACUGUGGAAUCUGCCAAGAACUCUGUCCUUGGGCAGCUGUACAGUCAGGACCGGAUCCUUCAGGCCAUGGGCAAUGUGACUCUGGCUCUACACUUGCUGUGUGAACGGGCCAAUCCCAGCUCACCUUGGCUGCCCUACAUCAAGACCCUGCCUGCUGACUACGACACACCCCUGUACUUUGAAGAGGAUGAAGUGCGCCACCUGCUGGCCACACAAGCCAUACAGGACGUACUCAGUCAAUACAAAAACACAGCGCGGCAGUAUGCCUACUUCUACAAAGUCAUCCACACUCAUCCGAACGCCAGCAAACUGCCCUUGAAGGAUGCUUUUACCUUUGAUGACUACAGGUGGGCAGUGUCCUCUGUGAUGACCCGUCAGAACCAGAUUCCUACAACAGAUGGAAGUCGGGUCACACUGGCCCUCAUCCCUCUCUGGGACAUGUGCAACCACACCAACGGCCUGAUUACGACUGGCUACAAUCUAGAGGAUGACCGAUGCGAAUGUGUGGCUCUCAAAGAUUACAAAGAGGCUGAACAGAUCUACAUAUUCUAUGGUACAAGAUCCAAUGCAGAGUUUGUGAUCCACAAUGGUUUCUUCUUUGAGGACAACGCACACGACCGCGUGAAGAUUAAGCUGGGUGUGAGCAAGAGCGAACGUUUGUAUGCCAUGAAGGCCGAGGUUCUGGCUCGUGCUGGGAUUCCUGCGUCCAGUAUCUUUGCCCUGCACUGCAGCGAGCCUCCGAUAUCCGCUCAGCUCCUGGCCUUCCUCCGUGUCUUCUGCAUGACUGAAGAGGAACUCAGGGACUAUCUGGUGGGCGAUCACGCCAUCAACAAGAUCUUCACCCUGGGCAACACUGAAUUCCCUGUCAGCUGGGAGAACGAAAUUAAGCUGUGGACGUUCCUGGAAACACGGGCUGCGCUGCUUCUCAAAACCUACAAGACGUCCUCAGAGGAGGACCGCUCCAUGCUGGAGAAGCCUGACCUGUCCCUGCACUCCCGCAUCGCUAUAAAGCUGCGGCUGGCAGAGAAAGAGAUUCUCGAGCGUGCUGUGUACUGCGGUCGGGCCAAGCGCCUGCACUUCCAGAAGCAGCUGGAUGAAGGGGCUCCGCUGCCACUGUACGAAGAAAGCGACAUUGCCCUUUUGGAGAAUGCAGAUGCCAAACUCCCCAUCAUCCUGCGCAAACUGGAAGAAGAAGAUGAGCGUGUUGAGGAGGAGAUGAGCCUGGCCCAAAUCAAGCCGGACGCUGCUGCUCUGGACUCCUCCAAGACGCCCGUUCUUAAUGGGCAGUGUAAAGAUCUCAAUGGUACUCAAGAAGAUCCUCCAGGAGGUGAUGCGGUGGUGAAAGUGAUUGAGGUUGAGAAGCACGACCCGAGUACCAAACAAACUGAAGGGGAACCAAAAGAUGACGGCAAAUAGUCAUAACCAGAGCACGGUGGCAAUCUUAGUUCCUGCUAUUUAUUUAUUUUCAUUUAAGAGACUCACAAUUAGGAGCAAAAGCUUUCUAAACAACAAAAAAAAGCAGUGGAUUUCAGUUUAAAAGUUUUUUGUUUUUUUUAUUAAAUGCAGCUUAAGUAUGAGCUAGCUCAAGCGAUAAGAAACCUGCUGUUUUAUUUUGUUUUGUUGGAGUUUUUAUCAGUGCCACGUUUGGUUUCUUUUGUAGUAGCUUCGCUAGUGCUGCCAGAAAGUUUCCUGGUGAAGGUGAGGAAGUAACCAAUCACAUGGACUCCUGUCUAGAUGAAGGCUUGCUCAGACUUCACAAAAUGAAAGAAAAAUAUAUAUAUCGAAGACUUUAACAUGGUAACGUUGCCAAGGAUGUUUCUGUUUAGUCAUCUAAUACUGGCUUAGGGAAUUUUACUUCUCUCUAACCAGCCUUUGCUGUAGGUCAUGCCAGAAAUAUGCUUGAUGUUUAGUGCUGCUUGACAAUCAUUACUCUUAUGUUCUGACAUUGAUCUGUAAAGAGAUCAACGCUGCCUCGCUGCAUGCUAGUUACUUUACUCGCAUAAAAAGUAAGGUUACUGAAAGACUUUGGUCCCAAAAAAGUACAUAUUUUCAUGCACUUCAGAGAAUGGUCGGUGUGUUCUCAAAGUGAGCUCAAAGUUAGUUUCGGUUUUGGAUGUUGUAAGCUGAACCAGAGAAUAAGAGGUUGUUGGUGACCAUAUGGUUACUCUUUGCUGUGAAUGUUAUUCAAAGUUUGUGUGUUAAAGCCCUUCACUUUUCGUUAUGUUAUAUAUAUUCGUUUUAAUUAUUUUUUGCUUAUGAAACACUUUGCGGUUAAUGGACAUCAAGACUAUGAUCUCUGAGGACUAAUUCUCUCGUGCGUGAUCUUUAGGAAAUCUGUUUUUAUUUUCUUUAUUUUUAUGUAAGUAUUCACUGCAACACCAAAAUGAUCUUGCAUUUGUCAUGAAACUGUUGUGGUCAUCUUUAAGCCUUAACGAACGUCAUUUAGUUGGAUUUCAGAUGCAGAAAUAUUGAUCCAGAAUGAAGACCUUGUCAACAAAACACUGGGGGCUAUUAAUUAAAGGAAUAUUUCACCCAAAA